AUGCACGAUACUGUCAAAGCCAAGGUCAAAGAAGCUGGCUUUUUGCCCUUUGUGUCAAUAUUAAGGCAUGGAAAGAAAAGGGAUAAGCCAUUACUUGUGGCCUUAGUUGAGAGAUGGUGGGACACUACCCACACAUUCCACUUUGAUGAAGUUGGAGAGAUGACGAUGACCUCCACGAACUUCGCAGCAAUCAGAGGAUUGCGUGUGGGUGGGAAGCGAUUAAAGUACUAUUGA